UAAACGAACCGGUUUCAUACACAGUACUUCCAUAAGGAAAUUUUUAUUGUGUGGUAUAUCGCCACUAAAUAAACUUGUCUCAAAGUUGAAUCUCUAUAGUUAUAUUUAAAAUGAUUUUAAAGAGUAGUAUUGUUUUAUUCUUCGUAUUAUUCGCCGCUGGCGUUCUUGGAGGAAAAAAAGCAUCAUCACCAAAGGCAGCCCAAGGAAACGACCAAGGUAAUUACGGUGAAUUAAACAAUUAUGCAGGAUCUAGUCGUAAAGUCAGGCAAUAUCCCUACUAUUACGAUGAAUAUGCAAGAGAAAAUGGUAACGGUCAAUCGCCCUCAUACUAUGACAAUGAAAACCAAAACGUAAAUAAUUACGGUCAAUCUGGACAAGAUGGUUACUAUGGCCAGAACACACCCAGAUUACCAGGAAAUCAACAUUUUUCUAUUGGAAAUGGUCGAAAAAACACAAACGUUGUAUCUAUAUCAGACAGCGAACCUUCGUACAUAGUGGGAUACACUAGUCAUGGAGACGAUUAUGAUAAUGAUCAGUACAACUACAACCGAGGACAACAGUACCCAAGCUCAAAAGGUAACAGUUUUAUUACGGUAAACCAAAGACCUGGUAGGCCCGAUACUGUUCUACUAUCGAGUAAAUCAAAGAACGGACAAAAAUCUACUUUACUUGUCACUCAAGAUGGAAUCAAUAUAAAUCCAGAUCCCUCCUACAACAACUAUCCAAAUAACAACAAACGCUAUAAUGGCCAACAAAACUAUAAUCCAAAGGGAUUUAAUCAUCGCCAAGGCCAAGACUAUCAAGGUCGCUAUUAACAAUUUUUAAGUAUUAGGUUCAUUUUGAAUUUUCAACUAUAGAUCCAAGUUCACUUUACUAUAUUUACUAUACUCCAAGUGAAGAAAAAAUGUCAUUUAGGACUAUCCAUUUAUGAUUGUUUAGCAGAUUAUGGUCUCAAAUAGAGUGUUUUGAUUUUCUAAAAACGUAUCAAAACGUAGGUUUCCUAUAUUUAUUAAAUUAAAUUCAAUGUAGUUUAUAAAUUAAAAAUAUUUAAUAUUCACAUUUAUUAAUAUUAUAAAAGUGAUAACUAUAAUAUUAUUAAAGUUACUUUCUUGUAAUAUAUUUUAAUCACAUUAUUUCACUUACUUUUGUAAAAGUUACUCAUAGCAAUAUAAUGUUUA